AUGUACAAAGAAAGCGUGCCAAGCCCACACGACUUAGAGAUAAAGAGCAAAUCACCAAAGGAAUUGUACCAACUUACUAGAGAUACCUCAGAUUAUGCAUGGUACAGUACAAGAAUCAACUUGGAUAGACGUGAUUUGCCAAGGCGUCCAGAUAUUCUUCCAGUGCUUCAAGUCGCGAGUCUUGGGCAUGCUUUGCUUGCAUUCGUCAAUGGAGAAUACGUAGGUUUUGGGCAUGGCAGCAACGUCGAAAAGAGCCAUGUUUUCAAAAAUACUGUCAAUUUGAAGAUUGGUGAUAACGAGAUAUCGAUUCUGGCAAUGACAGUUGGUUUGCCGAAUAGUGGUGCAUAUAUGGAGAAAAGGUUUGCCGGGCCUAAAGUUAUCACGCUUGAAGGACUCAUGGCUGGAACUCUUGAUAUCACUCGUAACUAUUGGGGACAAGAGGUUGGUGUAGAAGGUGAGAAGAUGCAACUGUUCACCGAAAAGGGUUCGAAGAAAGUCAAAUGGGCUAGCGCAAAUGCAACUCCUUCACCUAUUACUUGGUACAAGACAUAUUUUGAUGCACCAGAGGGCGAUAACCCAGUGGCAAUUAAAAUGAACAGCAUGGCAAAGGGUAUGGUUUGGGUCAACGGUCAAAGCAUUGGUCGAUAUUGGGUUUCUUACAUCUCACCAAUUGGGAGCCCAACUCAAGAAGAGUAUCACAUCCCAAGAGAAUACUUGAAGCCCAAGGAUAAUCUAUUAGUGGUGUUUGAGGAAACCGGCGGGAACCCGGAGAAGAUGGAAAUCGUGACCGUUAAUCGUGACACGAUCUGUAGCGUUAUCACCGAGUAUCACCACCCGCACGUGAAAACAUGGGAGAGAAAAAACAACGAGUUUCGAAACAUAACUGACCCGAUAAAGGCCGCUUACCUCACGUGCCCCGACCAUAAGGUCAUCGACAAAGUCGAGUUUGCAAGCUUUGGGAACUCGGACAAUGCUUGCGGAUCCUUCAAGCCCGGCCCGUGUGAUUCCACCGCGGUUCAUGACCUUGUUGAGAAGCUUUGCUUGGGUAAAACAACAUGCACAAUCCCAUUUGAAAGGGAGCAGCUGCUUAAUGGGGCCAAGGAAUUGUGCCCAGAUGUGGAAAAGACACUGGCUAUUCAAGUGAAAUGCGCGGGUGCAAAUAAGAGCGAUGAUUGA